AAUUGCGAAGGCCACUCGCGCCAGCGUUGGUCUUGAGUUGGUGUAUUUUAAAGAUGAAUUAGGCCUACUAUUAAUUUAGAGUUUAGUAUUCACUUAUCAUUAUUUCCAUCUUUCCAGUAAAUGGAUUUAACUUUUUUGCUCGUAUGUGUCAGUGUAGCAGUCAAAGAUGCAAUACCAAAGACGACAUCAGUCAGUACAGUUGGUACAAAGUUUAUCCUUUACUUCACUGAGAGCAGCCAGCACCAGGUGUUCCCUGCCAGACCCGUGCAUCUUUACAUAUCCACCAGCUCACGCUUGGGGGUUUCGGUCCAAAUAACUGCUCCAGCCUGGACCGAGGCCCCCAAGAUCAACGAGACUGCCACUGUGACGCUCCUGACACCAAAAAUCGUGACGCUGCCGGCGGAACUGAGGACUACGGAACUGGGUAGUGAAAACAAAGGGGUGCUGGUGGAAGCCAGUGCGCCUAUCUCUGUGUUCGCCAUGAACCCGAGUAAAAACCAGGCAGCCCUGUGUUCUGUUCUGUCAGAGGCAUCACUCGGGAUGGAGUACAUCUUCCCAAGCUUUACUUUCAACCUACCCAGUCAAGGAUACAUUGGCAUCGUGGCAUACCAGGACCAGACUUGGGUUGAAGUGACUCUUCCCCCUUCAACUUACGAUCCAAUAGCAACAUUCAAAGGACAGACUUAUUCACCGCAGAUGGUUGUCAGGGUUACUCUCAACAAGUUCCAGGUGGCUGAAAUUCGACAAAACCCAAAUUGCGAAAAAUGUGAUUUGACAGGGGCGAAAAUCAAAACCAAUAAGUCGGCGGCGGUGUUCAGCAUAAUCUCCCUUAGCAAUCCCAUCACCGACAGAGAUGGUGGGGACCUGCUGGUGGAGCAGAUAAUUCCAGUGGCAUUCUGGGGCAGGACGUUUGUGGUGUACACCUCCAAUGCAGGUGAUCUGAUUCGCAUCAUGGCCGGCGAGCCCAACAUUACUGUCUAUUCCUCUGACAUGAAGACUAGCAAACUAGAACGAACAGGAGAUUACAUUGACAAAUAUCUGGAAGAUGGUCAGUUCAGGAUGUACCAAGCGUCAGGACGUUUACAGGUGAUGCAAUACACACCAAGACCACCAUUUAUGUUGUUAGUGACGCCGCUGGAGCAUUAUGGGAGUUCCGCCCAAGUGCCAACUGUGAUGAUAGAGACAGGAUCUUUUCAGGAGAACAGUAUCAGACUCUUGACUGAAACAUGUAACACGAACUCAAUUACCAUCAACUCCACUGGGGUCUCCAGGAAGAGCUGGGAGAAGCUUGGGACGACGGGCUUCAACUAUGUCAGCAUCAAUGUCCCACCAAACAACUCGGGAUUUCACACCAUUAAAACUGCCAAUGAUGCAGUGACCUUUGGUGGUUACGUCUAUGGUAAAGGGGACUUAACCGCAUAUGCAGCACCACUGGUCAUAGACGGAGUCAGACCAAUUGAAACAUUUUACUGGGCUACUCCUGACGCAAUAGCGAUGCACGAAGCAAAUUUGGCAUUUAAAGAUCGAAUCAUCCAACAAAGUUGGAAGCUCAAAGAAAAAGAUGUGCUGUCAACUCAGAAACCAAUUAACAACUUGAAUGUCUUUUCCAUAUCUGUCUGCUUUAGCCUGUGCAGCAAGGACAGGAAUUGCGUGUACGCCUCUAUUGAAAAGCAAGCAACUAGAAAUAUCGUCUGCAGACUUUUCGAUGAUAGCAUGCCGUGCGUACCUAAGACAUCGGCGCCAGGAGUUAGGACUUACGUUUCUAGGAUACCAUUCUGGGAGCAGGUUCAGAGCAGCGGCAUUUUCAAUGGCAUGAAUAAAGCUAUCGACCAGACACUUUAAACCUAUUAGAUCCGAAUCAACUUUAUUGAACAGCAGAAGAUAUAUUAGUUAGGGUUGCAAGAGAGAAAGAUAGAUUGGUCAGCUCAGUAACAAAAAGUGGGCAGUGCAAACUAUUUCCAACACUAUUAAAUAGUCGUGUUUUUUUCUCUUAA